CUUCGUAGAUAUAGUAAUUUUUUAUUAAUGUAAUUAGGUAUCGUUCUCGAUUAGAGACGAUGAACGAAAGAAGAUCGUCUUGAGAAUUGCAAAAUCGCAUAGUCCAAUUGAAGUGUUAAGAACAUUUUUCGGAAAAAAUUUAUCAUUAAAUAAUUUAUGGCUAAUACAAUACAGAUCGGAAUUAAAUAGCGCGAAUUAUCAAGGUUACAUAGGAUUAUCUGAUAGAAACAUGACACAAUGGAUAUUUUUAAAUCACAAACCAAUCCAUUGUUCUCUCAUCUUGAAGCUAAUUAAAAUUGCCUUCGAAGAAAGGUGCGGCUUAUCUUCUAACUGGGGAUUCAAUAUGCAAGAUUUACGCAACAAAGAUAUGUUUAUCAUACUCUUUUUUAAUUGUCGCCGACAGAAUUUGCAUUUGUUAAUGAAAAUGGAAAAAGACACGUUAUAUUUUACGAUAUGCAGAAGAUAUUAAACGACAUUAACAAUUGUGUCUUUAAAUGUCUCACAGAAGAAACUAAAAUCUGUGCUGCUGCUAUCUCUAAUUUACACGUAACACAGCCAUCGAAACAUUUAAAAUUCGAAGAAUCCAUUUUCAACAAGAUGAAUGGAUAUAAUAAAAAUUUGAAAGGAAAUAAAGUUAUUACGAUUGGUCUUAAAAGAAAAAAGAUUACAUCAACAAUUGCAACUAAUAAUAAACGGCCGAAUAAAGAAAAUGAUAAUAUGAAAAUCACUGAUUGUGCAGCAGAAGGAAACAUAAAUAAUCAAAUAGAUAUUGCUUCUACAAAUUUGUGCGAAGGUAAAAUUACAAAGAAAAUACACAAUAAUGUUAAUAGAACGCCAGCAAGUUUCAUUAAUUUUGCGGCAACAAAUGAUUGCAUCGAAUCUCGUAAAACUUGCAAUUAUCAUGAUAAUGACAAUGAUUCUGAAAACAUGAUUUCUCCUCUUUCCGAAUGGUCCAACUGGAGUUAUUACACAAAUAAUAGACAACGCGAUUCUGCGAGAAAUAUAUCCGAUAAAAUUUUUCAAAAGGAUAUACAUUUUCCACGAUUUCUUAAUUACAUUGAUCAAUUUGAUUUUCUACCACGAAAAUUGCACGGUCUUUUACGCCAUCGUCAUGUUAAAUUAACAAAUGUGAAAAGCUUUGACAGUCCUAAUAAUACGAUUUUGCCUGCAGAGAACUGGCAGCACCAGCAAAUAGCGGUGCAUCCUUGUAAUUUGAAACGAAAACUAUGUGAAUUUAGAUUGUCACGUGUCUCAUUAAAGCGCAUAAAGAUCAUUAAUCAAGUUAAUGACGAAUUUAUCGCUGCGUGGAUGAUGUACGAUGAAAUGAAAAUUCUAUUAAUGAUGGAUCAACACGCCGUCCACGAAAGAAUACGUUACGAAAAUUUACUUCUUAAAUACAAAAUAGAGAACGAGGAUGAAUUGCUCUCCAUUAAUUUGCGUGAUCCUCUGGUCGUGGAAUUUUCUACAAAGACACGCAAUUUGCUUUUAUGCCAUAAAAUGUUACUGAAAAAAUACGGAAUAAAUUUAGGAUCGUUAAAGGAAAAUACAAAAUUACUAAUACGCACGAUACCGCAGUGUUUGAUUACGAAUAAUGAUCAUCGCAAUAGCGAAAAAAUAUUGCCGAAAAUUUAUAGUUUAUUAAAUGACAUAUUAAAAAAUCAUAGCACAAGUCGUCCAAAUACAUUGCCAUUAACUAUUCAUAAUGCUAUAGCAUCGGAAGCUUGUCAUGGUGCCAUAAAAUUUGGUGAUAAACUAACUCUGGAACAGUGUAAGGAUCUUAUAAAAUUGCUGAAAUUUACAAAGUUUCCUAAUCGAUGCGCACAUGGACGACCAACUAUAAUACCUGUGAUGGAACUUUCGGAAUUAGAAAAAAGGGGCGUCAGGAUGUCCGAGAAUUUUAAUUCGUACAUAGAUAAAAACAUGUGA